AGAGGGUCAAAACAGAAAGGCGAACGAGAAGAGCAGAAAACACCGGAAGGCCUCCCCAAACCCCCCACAAAGCAAAGACACUCGGCCGCCGCAGCCGAGAUGGCCGCCGGAGACGCCACCCAAGCGCCGCCGGCCGCGGAGGCGCAAUCGCUGGUGGAGUCCUUCUGCGCCGUGACCUCGGCGACCCCCGAUGAGGCCUCCUUCUUCCUCGAGAGCCACAACUGGGCCCUCGAGUCCGCCGUUCGCUCCUUCUACGACUCCACGGAAGUCGACGCCGCUGGUCCCGAUCCGGCACCGCAGCCUCCUCCUCCAGCCGCUGAGGACGGCGCGGAAUCCGAGGACGAGGACUACGUGGGUGGCGGCGACAAGGAUGAGGACGACGAGGACUACGUGGGCGGCGGCGAUGAGGACGAGGAUGAGGAUGAGGAUGUCCCCCUCGCCGCUGAAGUUGCGACGGCCACUGAGAGGAGGAGGCCAGCGAAGAGGCAGAAGAGCGACCACCAGGGCGGGAGCAGGGCCGCUAAUGGGAGGGGGACUGUGAGGACGCUCUCCGAUCUCAGCCGUGGCAAGAGGGCCGCGGGGUCGGACGGAGACGAGGACUCGGAUGACGACGAAUGGGCGCCGCCGUCCGAGUUGUACACCGGCGGCGAAAAGAGCGGAAUGGUUGUUAGAGAUAGAUCCAAACGCAAAAAUGUUGUGGAUGAGGUUUUUAAGCAAGCUAAGAGGAAAGGUGUCAAGCAAGGCCCAGCUCGCCGGCGAUCUUCUAGCUCAAGGAGCUUUCCUGGGACUAGCAGACUUCUAACAGGUGAAACUGUACAGCCUGACACACCACAGCCACCAGAAGAAAUUCUUCACAGCAUCUACUUCUGGAGCAAUGGGUUCACAGUAGAUGAUGGUCCACUCAGAAGUUUUGAUGACCCAGAGCAUGCAUCCUUUUUAGAGAGCAUCAAGAAUUCCGAAUGCCCAGCUGAACUUGCACCGGCUGACGGGAGGUCUAAGGUGAAUGUAAAUCUUGUCCGGAAGGAAGAAAAAUGUCCUGAGCCAGUCAAGCGAAGUGCUCCAUUUCAAGGAGGGGGGAGAACUCUGGUGACACCUUCUGAAAACACUGCACCUUCGGAUACUACUUCUGCUGCUACUGCUUCCAGUACAGCGGCUGCCAGUAAGACUAAGACGAUCACAGUGGAUGAUUCUUUGCCGUCAACCUCUCUACAGAUCAGGUUUGCAGAUGGCAGCCGUGUUGUUGCACGUUUCAACACAAGCCACACAAUCAGUGAUGUACGGGCAUUCGUUGAUGCAACAAGACCAGGAGAAACCAGUGACUACACACUGCAGGUCGGGUUUCCCCCUAAGCCAAUCGAUGACGCCACCAAGACCAUCAAGGAAGCCGGUGUGGCAAACUCAGUGAUCAUUCAGAAAUUGUAGCUCAACAGGUUUCUGACCCUCUUCAUCAAACAGAUCAUCCAUCUAAGGCGUGCGGAUAUCCUUGUCUUUUUUCUUUCUAAGCUCCCUCAAAUCUAGCUUUUCAGCCUUCCACGGCUUCCUUUCGCUAGCUGCUUCAGGUAUUAAGAUUGUAAAUCAACUGAGAUCUUGGUAUUCCAUCUUAUUCAUCUAUAGCGUCAGUAUACUUGGCUUGCAUUCC